UAGGGUCUGUGAGCUGGUUGCUAACACAAGCAGGGAACAACACAAAGGAAGAAAACUUUGAGCAUUCCUUUCCUGGGAGGCAAGGAGUGAAGGGGAGAAAGAGAGAUAAAGAUAAUGUGAGGAAAAACACUUCUAUGAAGCAAAUUUGGACUUUGGGAGAUCGUGCCUGUCUCUCUUUUAUUCAUCACCCUCUUGUGGACCUCUCACUGAAGAUCCUGAGGAAACACCCAGCCAGACCAUCUGGGCCCAGCAUGUUACAGACCUUGCAGAACUGGCCAAAGACUUCAGCGGCUCAGACAUCAGGAGGCAGGAGGCCUGAAGCAGCAGGGGAGGCACCCCCAGGUAGCCACAUGGACCAUGGUGAGGCAUCCGGCAACAAGAGCAGAGGUAGAUAUAGGGUUGAAGUUGCGAAUGCAUAUGCCCGUGAUGGGCUCAGAUGGAAGAAUGGUUCGGCCGAUGGAUCCGUCGUCCUGUGUCCACCUCCACCUCAUCCACUCGGGGCCCAAGAUGGCAGUGUAGAGACCGUCUUGGAUCCCUCCUGCUCUGUCCUACCCAUUCCUCCACGUUCUCUUUGUCCUUUCUUCACUACCUUCUCUUCUAACACCAGAAAUGUAACUGAUUGGCAUCUUGGUACUGCAACUCAUACUUACCAUCCAACUCUAAUCACCCUCGGGACACCUCCCUUGGCCCUGCCCCUUCUGUUCUGGAACGUGCCCCUUCCACCUCAGGCCACACCCCUUCAGAAAAACCGGAACUGUCCCUGUAGGCCACACCCCCUCAAUGGAACCGGAACCCCACCCACCUGGUUCCAGAAGGGACAGCCUCCAGCAUGGCGGUGCCCGGGCAGCUGAUAGCACGACCUACCCAAAGACCUACACUGGGACACAAACACCAGUCUAAUAAAAAGGUUUUUGUUGAGUCAGA